UUCAUUUCUUGAGUCUGCUGAGGAUGUUUACCACCUCGUGAUGUUUUCUCUUACUAGAAAUAUGCUUUACUUUGACAGUUCGGUGCCUUUUGCAAGAUGAAGUUCGUUUUGUCAUGAUUCCUGUUAUCUGAUUUUGACUCUGAAGUACUCAAUGGCUGUUUUUCCUUGUCUUUUAGAGCGAAGACUGGAACUGCUAGAGGGAGGUGCCUAGCUGCAGCUCAAAGAAAAUGAAUGGCACACUGGAUCACCCAGACCAACCGGAUCUAGAUGCUAUCAAGAUGUUUGUGGGUCAGGUCCCACGGAGCUGGUGUGAGAAGGAUCUAAGAGAACUCUUUGAACAGUAUGGUGCUGUCUAUGAAAUCAAUGUCUUGCGGGACAGGAGUCAAAACCCUCCUCAAAGCAAAGGGUGCUGUUUUGUUACAUUUUAUACCCGUAAAGCUGCACUAGAAGCACAGAAUGCUCUUCACAACAUGAAGAUCCUCCCAGGGAUGCACCAUCCUAUCCAGAUGAAACCAGCUGACAGUGAAAAGAAUAAUGCAGUAGAAGAUAGGAAGUUGUUUAUUGGAAUGAUAUCCAAGAAGUGCAAUGAAAAUGAUAUCCGAGUGAUGUUCUCCUCCUUUGGGCAGAUUGAAGAAUGCAGAAUAUUACGGGGCCCAGAUGGUCUGAGCCGAGGUUGUGCAUUUGUGACUUUUACAACAAGAGCCAUGGCACAAACAGCAAUCAAAGCAAUGCACCAAGCACAAACCAUGGAGGGUUGCUCUUCUCCCAUUGUGGUAAAAUUUGCAGACACGCAAAAGGACAAAGAGCAGAAACGAAUUGCUCAGCAACUCCAGCAACAAAUGCAACAGAUCAGUGCUGCCUCUGUAUGGGGAAACCUGGCUGGUCUGAACACACUCGGACCCCAAUACUUAGCACUCCUUCAGCAGACAGCAGCUGCGUCAUCUGGGAACCUGAAUACAUUGAGCAGCCUCCACCCCAUGGGAGGACUGAAUGCGAUGCAGUUACAGAACCUGGCUGCAUUGGCAGCUGCAGCCAGCGCAGCUCAGAAUACACCAAGUGGCACCGCUGCACUCACUUCCUCCAGCAGUCCCCUGAGCGUCCUCACCAGCUCAGCAGGUUCCUCACCUAGCUCCAGUAGCAGCUCCUCUGUUAACCCAAUGGCUUCUCUUGGAGCACUGCAAACGCUGGCAGGGGCUACAGCAGGCCUCAAUGUUAGCUCUCUAGCAGGAAUGGCAGCCUUAAAUGGAGGACUUGGCAGUAGUGGUCUCUCCAACGGGACAGGUAGCACAAUGGAAGCCCUCACACAGGCCUAUUCUGGAAUCCAGCAAUAUGCUGCUGCUGCAUUGCCCACGCUCUAUAAUCAGAGUCUCUUAACACAGCAGAGUAUUGGUGCAGCAGGAAGUCAAAAAGAAGGUCCAGAGGGAGCCAAUCUGUUCAUCUACCAUCUCCCCCAGGAGUUUGGGGACCAGGAUCUGCUGCAGAUGUUCAUGCCAUUUGGAAAUGUCGUCUCUGCUAAGGUUUUCAUUGACAAGCAGACCAAUCUAAGCAAGUGUUUUGGUUUUGUGAGUUACGACAAUCCUGUCUCUGCACAGGCUGCCAUUCAGUCGAUGAACGGCUUUCAGAUUGGCAUGAAGCGUCUGAAAGUACAACUCAAGCGCUCUAAGAAUGACAGCAAGCCAUACUGAGCGCCCCUCCCCUCCGGGACUGGAGUGAGAAGGAUCUUCUGGUAAGUUGGGGAGGAGCGCACUUAGUGAUUGGAAGCCCUAAGGCUGUGUUUUUACAGUCCUGGAAGCUGAUCCAUGCCUGUUCUAUCUGGCACAUCUUCCCCUGAAGACUCGGCUGCAGCCUCCGCUGGGAAUCCCGCUUCGGAUGGAGGACAAGUUUGUGCUUUUGUUUCCAGUGUUUUACUUUGGAGUUUAGGUGCCAUAUCGCUGAGGUUUUUUUUCCCUUAUUUAAAGUUUGCUGUGUUUGUAACCAGUGUGUGUUGAGAAGGACCAAUGCCAGCUCCUUGGGGGUGGGGAGGGAAGAUAAAAGGGAGCAGCAGAAACUGACACCACACUGCCUUGGGGUGGAGAGGAGAAGGGGAAGCAGAACUGACACCACACUGCCAUGGGCAGAGGAGAAGGGGAGCAGAAAUAACGCUGAACAGCUGAUGAAAACAAAGAUGGGAAAGGAGAACUGAGUCCAUCCAAGUUUGGCUGAGCAAGGAACAGACUCCGCAUAGCCUUUGCCAUGCCCUACUCUUUGAAAAUUCCUUAACGGUAUGCCUUUGUGGAGAUUUAGUAAUUCAUCUCUAAAGCAGGAGACAGGCUAGAAGGGCGAACACAUUUAUGAGUUAAAGGAAAACUGCAGUGACUGGAGGGGGGGUUGUUGUUUUUUGGUUGUUUUUUACUGUGUAUAAAGUGAUGUUUAUAUAGCACUGUGAACAUAUGCAGUGCUUUGUAAAACUAAGUAAUGUCCUGGCCCAGAAAAUUUCACUGGCCAUUUACAGUUGAAUAUUAAUGGAAUGCAGUGAAUUUCUCCAUGCUUAGGAAAAAAUAUCCCUAUAUAAUUCAGCUAGGUGUUGUAGAAAAAUUUAGAGAGAGACAGCUUAGUCUGGAGUGAUACAAACUGGGCUAUAAACAGAAACUUCAGAUCCCUGACAAUGUAGAGAAUAUUUUUUUGCCAAAUCUUUUUCCUGCCGUUUCCUUAAAUUCCCCACGUCUGUGGAGUAAUGCUCUUCUACAGAGCAUUGCUUUGAAUUCAUUCUGAUAAGCAUAAUGUAAGGCUGUUCCUCUAUUGAAAUGGCUGUUAAAUUGACAUACAAAGCCAAGAGUUUACCCUAAAAUAGCUCUUCAGGCUUCUGCUUCAUACAUGUUCACAUGACAGUUGCUUUCUCAGUCUUACUCUGUUGCAAAGAUAAUUCCCCAUUUAAAAAACUAAUUUGUGCUGUGAUUUAGUCUAGUAUUUAGGUUUUUUUUUUUUUUUAUACUGCAGUUUUCCUUUAAGGUGAUGUGUGCCAGUGCAAAACAGGGCUAAUACAGGAGCUUUUGAACCAGAGCAGAGCCAUCCAGUCUUAUUCUGCCUUUUGGCAUCAGCUGUUAUCUCCUAUACUGAAGGAAAAUUAAACACACCCCUCCAGUGAACAUACACUUCUUUUGCACACUUAUGAAAUUGCUAAUGUGUUGCUAAGGGCCUUGUUAUACACUGGUUUUAGGGGGGCUCAAAGGAUUUUUGACACUCUGGCCUGAGUUGUUUGAAGAAGAGUAGAGUCCUGUGUUAUAAUCACCAAAAUCCACCUCUGUCACAAGAGGAAGUUUACAAUUUAUGUAUGUCUUUAAGAGAAGUUCUAUUUACCUCAUAUUUUCUCCAUUUCCUUGUUUCCUUUAUAUACCCAAUUGGUGAUGCCCAGGGCACUAGGUAACACUGCAAUCUGGGAGCCAGCUGCUAAAUAAGGAGUGUGGAGUGGGAAACAGGGUUUGGACUUUCUGUUCUGCUCCAGCAGGAGGAGCACUAAACCCAUCAAACCUGAAAUCAUGUUAGAAAAUGUGCGCCCACGUGCAAGGGGUUCUGCUGUGGUCCAUUGGGAAUGUCAGGCAUUCGUACAGACUGGGUUCCCUGGCAUCUCAAACCUCAGAAGUACAAGGCCUGACCAUAGCAUCCAAGAAGAGUCCUUUCCAUUGUUGAAUUGAAAAUCGAACAGUUAGUUGGUACCAAUCUGUGCCUUGAUGGCAGAAGGGUAAAAUAAUCUAUCAGUAUUCAGAUCAUUUUUUGGUGGAAAAGGUUAAAAGGCCAGACUGCCAAAUUUCCCAUUUAUGCUGGCAUGUGGUACCCUUCCAUGUUAAUUAUUUGGAUCUCUCUAGAAACGUAAGCAUACACUUAAGUGAACCAUGUACACUUGAAUUCUGCACAAUGGGAGAGAUGUGUCCUGGUUUUCUGAGAAGAGAGUGUUAGAGUGUUGGAGUGUGAAGGCCUCCAGGGUGAUAAUGGGAUUUUUUUAUAAAUAAUAUACUUUUCAAGAAAAAAAAAGAAAAAAAAAACAUGGUUGGGAGCAGCUGCUCCAGGUGCAACCUGCUGUAACCAAGAAUGUUGUUUCUAUUUUUAUAGAAGUUUUAUACAGCUCCAGGAUGGAGAAUAUUUAUUACCUAAAUUAUUUCACUGGAAAAAAAGGCCAGGGUUUUGUAAAAUCCUGAAUGUGAUUGUUUUACACACAUAAUGAUGUGCAUGAUUGAAACUACUGAUUUUCAGUGGCCUGUUUGCAGCCCAACAACUGCUAAAUGGGGAAGAUUAACGCUGUGAACCAGUGGAGGAGAGCACUGUGCUCUGGGGUCUCUACAGUCACUCUUACCUUCUUUGCACCCUACCCACUGUACCAUCUGAGACCUUUGUCCUGUUUUUCUUUUAAUGUGGUGCUCUGGCCUCUUCAGUAGUCAUUUCAGUUGCCCUAAACUAGACAUUUUAGCUUUUGCCUCCUAUAAGCAUGUCCUCAGUACUGCAACUUUUGGAUCAAGCUUGGCGUUAUUGCAAAUAGGUGCAACUCCUAUUGGCGUUAGGAAAUUCAACGGUUUACAUUAUGGCUCAGUUUGGUCAGUGAUUCUUGCCAAACAUAAUCACCAUAGACACCUAACUUGGGCUAGCUCUUGUGCCUUACUGGCAUAACUACAUUAUAAGUGUUGCCAAAAAG